CAGCGGCACAUCGCGGCUCAGCGUGCCGAGCUGUAGCGCACUCAGCCCGGCGUACAGCAGCACGGAGCCCGCUGCGGAGUAGCAGCUUCUUCUCGCGGAGGAAUAGAGACACAGUGCGGACUGAAGCGAAUUAUUUGUGACGAGAACAAGUGAAUUAACGUUAAAUCGAUUUGUUUGGAGCUCAGCACCGACAUGGCGAGUGAUUCUCCAGCUCGAAGUCUGGACGGCAUCGACCUCUCUGCCCUGAGGGACCCUGCUGGGGUCUUCGAGUUGGUGGAGCUGGUGGGCAACGGCACAUAUGGUCAGGUUUACAAGGGUCGACAUGUGAAAACCGGUCAGCUCGCUGCCAUCAAGGUGAUGGACGUAUCAGGGGAUGAAGAGGAGGAGAUUAAAGGGGAGAUCAACAUGCUGAAGAAAUAUUCCUACCACCGAAACAUCGCCACUUACUACGGAGCCUUCAUCAAGAGAAACCCACCCGGAGUGGACGACCAGCUGUGGUUGGUGAUGGAGUUCUGUGGAGCGGGUUCUGUAACGGAUCUGAUUAAGAACACUAAGGGGAACUCUCUGAAGGAGGACUGGAUCGCCUACAUCAGCCGAGAGAUCCUCCGGGGUCUGACUCACCUCCACCAACAAAAGGUCAUCCACAGAGACAUCAAAGGCCAGAACGUGCUGCUCACAGAGAACGCAGAGGUGAAACUAGUGGACUUUGGCGUUAGUGCCCAACUGGAUCGCACAGUCAGUCGGAGAAACACGUUUAUCGGCACCCCCUACUGGAUGGCCCCAGAAGUAAUCGCCUGUGAUGAAAAUCCAGAGGCUACAUAUGAUUUUAAGAGUGAUCUGUGGUCACUUGGAAUAACUGCUAUUGAGAUGGCCGAAGGAGCUCCACCCCUGUGUGAUAUGCACCCCAUGAGGGCUCUGUUCCUGAUCCCCCGCAGUACAGCCCCUCGAUUAAAGUCCAAGAAGUGGUCUAAGAAGUUCCAGUCGUUUAUCGAGAGCUGUUUAGUGAAGAAUCACACCCAGAGGCCGACUACCGAACAGCUCCUGAAGCACCCCUUCAUCCGAGAUCUGCAGAACGAACGACAGAUCCGCAUCCACCUGAAAGACCACAUCGACCGCACCAAGAAGAAGAGAGGAGAAAGAGAUGAGACUGAGUACGAGUACAGCGGGAGCGAGGAAGAGGAGGAAGAAGGAGAUGUAGGAGAACCAAGUUCCAUCAUUAAUGUCCCUGGUGAGUCCACUCUGAGGCGGGACUUCCUGCGGCUGCAGUUGGCCAAUAAGGAGCGUUCUGUCCUCAUACGGAGGCAGCAGCAGGAGCAGCAGAACGAGGAACACAAGCGCCAGCUACUGGCUGAAAGGCAGAAGCGCAUUGAGCAGCAGAAGGAGCAAAGGCGCAGACUAGAGGAGCAACAUGUCCGUGAGCAUGAGUUGAGGAAGCAGUUUGAGCAGAGAAGACAGGCUGAGAGAGAACAGGAGUAUAUUCGGCUGCAGUUGGAGGAGGAACAGAGGCAGUUAGAGAUCCUGCAGCAGCAGCUCCUUCAGGAGCAGGCUCUACUGCUGGAGUACAAGAAGAAGCAGGUGGAGGAGCAGCGGCAGGCUGAGAGACUCCAGCGGCAGCUCGAGCAGGAGCGAGCCUACCUCGUCUCCCUCCAACAAAAACAGCAACAGCAGCCGGAGCCCCGCCCCGCACUGUACCACUAUAUCGACCAGGUCAACCCCAGCGACAAACCAGCCUGGGCCAAAGAGAGAGCCCACAACAACUCUCCUCUUUCUCACCUGAAAAAUGUCCGCAGCAAGGAGCAUUCAUCCUCCUCUCCAUCCUCACGCCAAAACAUGCCCCGCUUCACCCCCUCCAACCCUAUAAACCUGCCCCUGUCCGGGCGCUCGCGGGCACUGAGGCAUUUCCCUCAGCACCGCGGCCAGCCGAAGCCGAAGUCGAUGCCCCUCCCCCAAAUCCAGAUCUCAGAGAGCAAAGACAGCAAAGCUUUGGAGCGCAAGCUUAACCUCCAGAUCCAGCAGCUCCGCGCUCAGGAGCGGCCCCGCGGCCGCAGCCCCGGACCCUCCGCCCACAAGGUGGAGGAACGAUCGAGACUGAACCGCCAGAGUUCUCCGGCCCUGCAGCACAAAGCAGCCAACCGGAUUUCUGACCCCAAUCUGCCCACCCGCUCUGAAUCCUUCAGCAGUGGAGGGGUACAGGCUGGAAGAACACCCCAGUUGCACAGAGCUGUAGAACCACAGAUGGCCCAUCUGGUGUCUAUGAAGUCUCAUGGUCCCUCGCUGUCCGGUUCUCCGUCUCUACACGACCAGUCCUCUAAAGGAGUUUCAGCUUUCCAGGAGGGCUUGGGGGCCCACCGGCCCGAAAUGCCUCGUCAGAACUCUGACCCCACCUCAGAGAUGCCAGCUGUGUCCGCUGUACCUUCUCGAGGUCGUGAGGAGAAGCAGAGUUCAGAGCGCAGCCCCCUCUGGCUGAUGGAGGACGACACGAGAGGCAAGUUGAGUGGGGUGACCGGAGCUCCCCCUCGACCUGCCUCCAUCUCCCCAGCGAUGGUGAGGAAGAACUCACCUGGAAAUGGGUCAGUGCCAGGAGAGCUCAAACCGCGGGCCGGGUCUCAGCUGAUACGCAGCAGUAAUCCUGACCUGCGGAGGGCGGAGCUCUCUCUGGAUGUGGGUCUACAGAGGGGAGGCAGUAACAGCUCCUCCAGUGCCAGCACACCCAGCUCACACAGCGACACACACCCCGACAGAACCGACCGGAGACACAGUCAGGGUCCUAGUAAGUCAGAUGGUUCUCCAGUAACAUCUCAGUCCCAGGAGACCUCCAAACCCCGACAGGAAGAGAGCCGAGAGACCAGGACCAGCCGACCAGCGGAUUUAACUGCUUUAGCUAAAGAGCUGCGCGAGCUGCGAGUGGACGAGUCUCACCGGCCGCCCAUCAAAGUGACGGAUUACUCCUCGUCCAGCGAGGAUGAGGACAGCAGUGAGGAUGAGGAUGGAGUUAACGUCGCACACGAUGGCACUGUACCCGUCAGUGACAUUCCUCGGAUCAUGCCAUCAGUGCAGAGCAGUGAGGGUUACAGCAGCAGACGUGAAGAUUCAUACAGCAGCUCUAAAGAUGGAACGUUGCUCAUGAGGGAGACUGGUGACAGUAAUGGGUUUGUUGGUAAUGGUAAUUUGCCAGACUUGGUUCAGGAAAGCCAGUCGCCUUCAGGUACUCCCACCGAGCCUCAGAUGGACCUCCACUCUCCAGAGGUACAGGAGUAUGCUCUGAGUGGCGGAUCCAAAGCCUCCUUCACUCCAUUUAUGGACCCCGAUGUGUAUCUGACCUCCCCCAACGACGGCAGUGAGGAGAUGUCUGCUGCAGCUCUCUUUGCUGAUGAACUUUUGCGUCAGGAGGAGGCUAAACUGAGCGAAGCUCGAAAGAUCUCGGUAGUGAACGUAAACCCAACAAACAUCCGACCCCACAGCGACACGCCCGAGAUCCGCAAGUACAAGAAGCGCUUCAACUCUGAAAUCCUGUGUGCUGCACUGUGGGGGGUGAAUCUGCUGGUGGGAACAGAGAACGGUCUGAUGCUGCUGGACCGCAGUGGACAGGGUAAAGUCUACAACCUCAUUACCCGCCGUCGCUUCCUACAGAUGGACGUCUUGGAGGGCCUAAACGUCCUCGUCACCAUCUCAGGUAAGAAGAAUAAGCUGAGGGUGUAUUACCUGUCCUGGCUGAGAAACAGGAUAUUGCAUAACGACCCCGAGGUGGAGAAGAAGCAGGGCUGGAUCACGGUGGGGGAGCUAGAGGGCUGCGUCCAUUAUAAAGUCGUAAAAUAUGAGCGAAUAAAGUUCCUGGUGAUCGCGCUGAAGAAUGCUGUGGAGAUUUACGCCUGGGCUCCCAAACCAUAUCAUAAAUUUAUGGCUUUUAAGUCGUUUGCGGAUCUCCCUCACAGGCCUCAGUUGGUGGAUCUGACUGUGGAGGAAGGUCAGAGGCUGAAGGUCAUCUACGGCUCCUGUGUUGGGUUCCACGUGAUUGACGUUGACUCUGGAAAUCCGUACGACAUCUACGUCCCCUCUCAUAUUCAGGCCACGGUGACGCCUCACGCGAUCGUGGUUCUGCCGAAGACAGACGGGAUGGAGAUGCUGCUGUGUUACGAGGAUGAGGGGGUGUACGUGAAUACGUACGGACGCAUCACUAAAGACGUAGUUCUGCAGUGGGGGGAGAUGCCCACAUCUGUCGCCUAUAUCCACUCUAAUCAGAUUAUGGGCUGGGGGGAGAAGGCCAUAGAGAUCAGGUCGGUGGAAACGGGCCACCUGGACGGAGUCUUCAUGCACAAACGAGCUCAAAGACUUAAGUUUCUCUGCGAGAGAAACGACAAGGUGUUCUUCGCCUCGGUGCGCACCGGAGGCAGCAGUCAGGUUUUCUUCAUGACGUUGAACAGGAACUCCAUGAUGAACUGGUGAAACCUGGACGACUGAUAACCACCAGACACUUUCAUCCAAUCAGCUGCUGCGUCUCUGAUCUCGCGGCACAAAAGACACGACUCUGAGCCGGACAUGUUCAAGACUUCGGGGUUUGGACCUGAAACCUGUCAUGGCGGAUCAGGUCCGCUGCAGUGGCACCUAGCUUCCACAGGGGGCGCCACCUGGACUAACAGACCGCUGUAGACUGUACUGAAGCCAGACAGCACUUCUCUCACCACAUUCAGACGGGUUUUCUGCUGGUUCUGAUCAUCCGAUUUUAUUUUCUGGCCCAACUGGAUUUACCGGACAGUCGUAGAGAUUUACCCUGAUUAUAAGAAGACUUUUAACCCCUUAACCUGCAAGAUUUCAGACUUUAAUCCUGCAACAAUGGACUGGGACAAAUUAAAAUAUCAGAAUCUUAUCAAAACCAGGCCUGGACUACUGCACUAAAAUAUCUGCAUUUUAUUCAGAAUCUCAGUGGAUUUUGUGGGGUUUAAUUAAUUUAAAGAAUAAUAAUUUAAUUUACACAUUAUUGAUGUACUGAACAUAAUUACUACACAAAAUAAUUGUGUAAAUGUAUCAUAUUUAAUUGAUCAUUUACAGCAUCAGUGCUUUCCCUUAUCAGCACACUCUUAAUAAAUCUUAAAAAGAAAAAAGGUCAUUUGAUUAAUGUACAUUGGCUCCUAAAUGACUGAUUGAUCAAUUGAUUAAUUGGUUCAUUAUCAAAAUAAUAAAAAAUAAAUCUGCAGGUUAAAGGGUUAAACCAUACAUAAUUUUUGUCACGCAAAAACUUGAAUCUCCAUUUUGUUUAGUUAUUUUUUUGUUAUUGUAGUUUUUCAAUUUUCUCCAUAAUGUAAUUCCUGAUAUUGUAGAAAUGCUCCAAAAUAACUUGGAAUUAAAUCUUUUUUUACAUUGACUUCCAUUAAAAGUUAAGAAGGCUUUUUUUCCCUUCUUCUGUAAAGCUGCUCUUUUAGAGACGUAAAUUAUGUCAAAAAGUAAAAAUUUAAAAAUUAACAACUUUUUUUGUUUGUUUAGUUUCUGUGUGACAGAGAAGAUGUGGAGGUAAAGUCAGCUUAACUUGUUUUGCUUCCAAAAUAAUGUUGUCUUUAAAUGUGAACUUCGGUUCCACGCCAAAAAAAUAACGUUAAAAAUAAUCAUUAAUUAAGAAGAAAAAAAAAAUUCUAGACAUCAAGCUUCAGGCUUUCACUUCACGAUGUUGUAUGUAUGUUAACGUACAGAUGUUAGCGACAUACGCACAUCAAUCAACGACUUUCGCUCUGGUGCUCAUUUGUAUUUCCUCACGCGAUAUCCUUAUACUGUACAAAUAUCCAAAGUACUGUCUCCACCAUCACACACUGGAUCUGUUCGAGUAAAGGCCUAUUCACACCAAGUUUAUUUUUUUCGGAUGGAAAAAAUGGACGAGAUUUUUAACAGCAGUUUUGGACACAUUCAAUUUAAUACACAUUGGUUUUUAAAUACUGAUGUGCAUUUUUUCCGUCUAUAAAACUUUACCCGCAAACAUUGCAUUGGUUGUUAAUAUAAGUUAUUAUAUAUUUUUUUUUUUUCACAAAUUGAAAUACAUUUUUUAAAUGAAUAAUUGGACUAGGUGUGAAAAAUUGUUAAUAUACUUUUUUUAUGGGUAAUAGGAUGGAAUGUACAAAAAUCAUUCAUUUCGUUUUAAAACUUUUAAAAAAGUUUAGAUUUUAUGGGUAAUUGGAUGGGGUGUGAAAAAAAAAAUUAAUAUACGCAUUUUUAUGUUCAAAAGUUAAAAUAAAUUAUUUUAAUGGCCAAUUGGAUGGGGUGUGAGUUGUAGGGGCUUUAAUGCCUAGUUAAUUCAGAUUUUUAUGAUGGGCUGUAACUGUGCACACUCAUGUUAUUAACGAGCCAAUGAAAAAAUGACUAUUAAUGAUGUAAAGUUUCUAUAGGAGCCUUUAAUAGGCAUUAUUACUGGUGCCUAGCACAAUCUAAACCUGUAUAUUAAAAUGGCAUAAUUUUUGCUGUUGCAUGGAUGUAGGGUGUAUUUUUAAGUCAAUCACUGAUUUUAUUAUUAACCAUUUAUACCUACUAUACAUACAUGUAUAGUAAAUAUCAUUCUUACACUGAAAAAAGAAGAUUUUUGCUUUUUAUUAUAAUGUGAAUCUGGCAGUUCUUUAUUUUGUGUCCAAAUCUGAUGGAAAUGCUCUAUAAUGAUACAAAAUAAAAAGUUUGCAUAGAUUUUCACUAAAAAUAGGGAUACACUGAAAUGAAAGUGUUCGGCUGAAUGUUGAAUAUUGAAUACUGAUUUUUUUUUUUCUGCAGGCUUUUAAUAAAUGUUGCCAUUUUUUUGCCCUUGUCAGACAAAUAAUUACAGUUGCCAAAUAUUCAGUGCAUCGCUAAUUUUACUAAAGUUACAAAUUAUUAUUUUUUUUCCCCCUGUAAAUUUGUACAUUGUUGACAGCAAUUAUAUAUACAUAUAAUCAUAAAUCCUAAUUAUAUAUGUUAUAUUGAUUUUAAAAGGGAAUGUUUUUUCACUAUUCAACAUUAAGAUCAAAUUUCGAUCAAUUUUAACAUUGAUGGACCUUUAAAUAUAUAUCAAAAAAACAUUAAGAUUACACAAUUUUUUUGUGUGUGUAGUUUUUUUUUUUGUUUGUUUCAGAACAACCACCACCAUGUUUAACAGGUUUUUAAUUCAUUUCGGUGGAAAACAUGGUGCUCAAUGACUAAUUUUAGGUUUUACAGCUGUACAUUUUAAACUUUUGUUUUUAAGAAUAGAAGAAUAUUUUCAGUAG